ACAAAGGCAGCGCGCGCCGCGAGGUGUCGUGUCUGGCCGAGGUCUGACCGAGGUGGCUGUGGGCUUCGGGGCUCUUUGCUGCCGCCGCCCUCUCUUUCUCUAACCCCAUCCUCUUCUUCCGGGCCCCGGGAGCCCCCCCGCCCGGGCCUCGGUGUCCCCGUGAGAAACGGAGAUAAGGACGGCACCCACUCGGAGGGAGGGGCCAGGGUUCAGUAGCUUGCUCACCUCGGAGCCGGGCGCGAGGCAGUGUCCGUGGCCUGGGAGUCGCUCUCAUGUUUCACCCUGGACCCAGCCCCCGGGGUGGCCCGACACAGGUGCCGCGCAAAAGACAAUUCGCCGCCGGAGACCUUGGAGCCAAGAGCAUCCUGCCAUUCUCCUAUGUCCAGCUGCAGACACACAGAGCCAGGGAGAACAGGCCCCGUCCAGCAGACUGCGAGGAGGAGGAGGAGGAGGAAGCCCACCGCUGAGCUUGUGUCUGAGCAGAGACGUGAUUGGGGACAGCAUGACCAGCGAGGUGAUAGAAGAUGAGAAACAAUUCUAUUCGAAGGCCAAGACGUACUGGAAAGAAGUCCCGCCGACCGUGGACGGCAUGCUCGGCGGGUAUGGCCACAUCUCCAGCAUCGACAUCAACAGCUCCCGGAAGUUCCUGCAGAGGUUUUUGAGGGAAGGCCCGAACAAGACGGGGACCUCCUGCGCCCUGGACUGCGGCGCCGGUAUCGGGAGGAUCACGAAGAGGCUGCUCCUGCCCCUCUUCCGAGUGGUGGACAUGGUGGAUGUGACGGAGGACUUUCUGGUUAAAGCGAAGACCUACCUGGGUGAGGAGGGCCAGAGGGUGAGGAACUACUUCUGCUGUGGCCUCCAGGACUUCAGCCCCGAGCCCGACUCCUACGAUGUCAUCUGGAUCCAGUGGGUGAUAGGCCACCUGACGGAUCAGCACCUGGCCGAGUUCCUGCGGCGCUGCAAGCGGGGCCUGCGCCCCAACGGCAUCAUUGUCAUCAAAGACAACAUGGCCCAGGAGGGCGUGAUCCUGGACGACGUGGACAGCAGUGUGUGCCGGGACCUCGAGGUUGUCCACAGGAUCAUCCGCAGCGCGGGCCUCAGCCUCCUGGCCCAGGAGCGGCAGGAGAACCUCCCGGACGAGAUCUACCACGUGUACAGCCUCGCCCUGAGAUGAUCGGGGUGGACAGGAGGAAGAGGGACCCGUGUGGGGGCGGGGGGCUGGCGGCCAGGUGCCACCCGGCAGCUCCACAUCGAUGGUUCCCAAGUGUUGAAUGAAGCCGCUAAAUACACCUGCCUGUCACCCACUCACUACACAGGCUCUUAUGAAAUAUAAUAGGACCCAACAGGGAGAACAGAUGACUGGGCAGUGAGGCAGGAGCCCAGCCCUGGUGCCCUAGGCGGGGACUUGGCAGAGCCAGCCUGUGGGGAUGCGGCAACCCAUUGGAAGUGGAGUCCCUCGGAUGUCUGCCGCCACCACCGCACCUUCUAGGCACAGGCCCGGCUGCCUUCAGAGGAGAAGAGCCCCCUUGACUUGGCUGAGGACACUACCUCAGGGGAGGGGUGGGCUGCUGGAGCAGGCAGCCCUGCGGCACCUGCAGCCGUCGGGAAGUUCACGGCCCGAGCCUGAGGUGCCGGCCCUGGUGGUGGUCACAGCAGCCUGCGGGGGGAGAGGCCUAUAGCCUCAUCUUGGCUAUGCCUUGUGGCUCCUCCUUGGCCAGGGUUUUCCUCUCAAGAAAGGGUGACUGCCCUGGCCUGUGUGGCUUGGUUGGAGCGUCGACCCAUAACAGAAAGGUUGCUGGUUCGAUUCUCAGGCAGGGCACAUGCCCAUGUUGCAGGCCCAAUCCCGGGUCUGGGCGUGUGCAGGGGAUGGCCUGCUGGUGCUUCUGUCUCACAUUGGUGUUUCUCACCCCCCGCCCCCACCUUGAAUG